GAUGGCGCCGUCGUUCAACUCGCCGGGUCAGGGAAACCAGCUGAACCCGCAGCUUGGAACUGACCGGAAGAGGCAAAAGUACAGGUCGAUGAAAGAGAUCAUGAAAGUGGCGAAGCGGGUGGUGCUGGUGGACAAUGAGGAGUCUGAUGACGGUGAUUAUGAUACUCGUGUUGCUUGUGAUCAAUGCGGCUCGGGAGAGCGAGCCGAGGAGCUCUUGCUCUGUGACAAAUGCGACAAAGGGUACCAUAUGCUCUGCCUUCGACCCAUCGUGGUUCGAGUCCCUAUUGGGCUAUGGUUCUGCCCAGCAUGCUCCGAUGAUCUGGAUCGUCCCCUUAAAAGUUUUAUACAGAAGAAGAUUAUUGAUUUCUUUAGGAUUCAGAAAUGCGGGGAACUGGUGGAGAAAUGUGCAUGGUCUCCAGAUGUCAAAAAACGCCGCAGACGGUCUAGUACAUUAGUGUUCCUCAAGAAACGGAGAAGGAUAUUGCCACAUGUUCCUUCUGAAGACCCCACCCGAAGGCUAGUACAACUGGGAUCUCUUGCAUAUGCGUUGAUUGCUCAGAACAUCGAAUUCAGCUAUGAGCUUACUUACAUGCCGGGCAUGGCUCCCAGAUCAGCCAAUCAAGCUGAAUUUGAAAAUGGUGGCAUGCAGGUUCUUUCUAAAGAAGAUACUGAGACAUUGGAGUUAUGUAGAGCUAUGUACAAAAGAGGCGAAUGCCCUCCUCUUAUUGUAACUUUUGAUUCAUGUGAAGGCUAUACAGUAGAGGCAGAUGGUCCAAUAAAGAACAUGACACUCAUUGCGGAGUAUACAGGCGAUGUGGAUUACAUUAAACAUAGGGAAUUGGAUGAUUGUGAUAGCAUGAUGACCCUUCUUCUGGCAAUAGACCCAUCGAAAAGUCUUGUUGUCUGCCCUGAUAAACGUGGGAACAUUGCUCGUUUUAUUAAUGGCAUAAACAAUAAUUCACCGGAGGACCGGAAGAAGCUGAACAUUAAAUGUGUGAGAUACAGCGUUAAUGGUGAAUGCUGUGUACUACUGGUUGCAACUCGUGACAUCAUAAAGGGAGAGAGGCUAUAUUAUGAUUAUAAUGGAUAUGAGCAUGCAUACCCAACCCAUAAUUUUAUCUAA